AUGAGCGCACGAGAUGAGAGGGCGGCGGCAACUCCAACGGGCGUGUCCGACGGUUGGAUUGCGCACCUGAGGAGGCGGGAUCGCAAAGUCAAAUGCUCACUGUGCGAGGCAGAGAUGCCAAAGAACCUGGAAACGUUUCGCGAGCACGUGCAGACCAGCCACGGUGAUCUCGCCCAGGACACGGCGGCGGUCGAGGCCGCGUUUGCGAGGAUGAACCUGAACGCCUCCAACAUGUCGGCAGCACGCUCCCCCGCGCAAGGACCACAGACGCAGGCUACGCGGAAGCGGCAAAACUUGAGCGCUGAAUCGAAUCAGCCAGGUCAGGCAUCAGGGGACGCCGAUGACGACGAGCCGGUCGUCAAGAGACUACGAUCUCCGCCACUGGCCAGGGGCAGCCCUCGGCACGGCCCUCCUUCCCCGUCCACGCCUACUGCGACCAGUGGACGCCAGCAGGCGCUCGAGGACUCGCUCGAGGAGUUCUCGCGGGGCACCCAUCGCGCACCGACCUCUGGGCGGAAACUCUUCGAUCCUGCGACGGACAGUGCCACGCGAGGCCGUGGACGCGGCGCUUCCAAGGGGACAGCGACCGCUCGACAGGCCCCGCCGGCGCAGCCAAGGCCAGCCCCCCCGACCACGUUCGCUCAAGGCCAUGUGCGGACCUUUAUACAGGACAAACCACAAAUACCCAACAGCGUGCAGGAAAAGGAACCAUUCACCACGCCCAUGACCCCGUCGCAGCUUGCGGCCGAGGUGGCCAAGAUUUUCAAGAUGAUCGCCGACGGUCAAGAAAGAUGCACCAAAUGGACCACGGCCAAAAAAGCGACACCCGAUGCCAAGAUCACCGCCGAGGAAUGGUAUUUACAGUGGCUUGAGCAUCGGGCCCUGCUGAAUAACCACUACGACUUGCUCAUGGCAUGCCAAGACCCAGCUGGGAAGGACACGCUCACAUAUAUCCCCGUCGAGAGGGAUAUGCCAGCCAGGCUGUGGCAGUUUGGUAUCUACCAAUACCUCGAGCUGCUGCGGACACGCCUGCCCGACGCGUACGAACCUCUGGUAUGCUUCCUGUACACGGCGUACGGUCUCUUGGGCCUGCUCCGAGAGACCAACCCGCUGUUCCAGGACACCUGGACAGAGUGCCUCGGUGAUUUGGCUCGCUAUCGCUAUGCGAUUGAGAAUAAGGAGGAGGUCCGCGAGCAUUGGGAGGGGGUAUCAAGGAUGUGGUAUAUGUAUACCUCGGACAAGCUGCCGCACGUCGGCAGGCUCUACCAUCACUUUGCCGUCCUCAACCGGGGCUUCGUGGUGCCGCAGCUCUGCUACUGGGCCAAGUCGCUAUGCGUGCCCCUGCCCUUUGACGGCACGCGCGCGAGCAUCCGCAAGCUGUACGACCCCUUGUUCGCGCAGGCCACGGCGGAAUGGUUUCAGCGCGAUAUACAGUCAGUGACCGCGGGCGGCGCAGAGCAGCAGGCUACGAGCGAAGGGGGCGGCGACGCGGACGAGCGGGUUGCAACAUCCUCCUCCUCCUCCACCUCCUCCUCGGCCAACGCGAUCCAUAAACAUCGCAUGGUUGAUAUGACGUUUGCGCUCGUCCUUGGCAUUCUGUUUACGGGGGAGCACAAGGAUCUACUCGACGAGGCCCAGGCGUAUUACCUGCGCAGCCUCGACACCCACAUUGCCAUGAUGUCCAAGCGUUGGUACCAAACAGGCAUCGCCAUCACUUGCAAUCUGCUUGGGUACUGGCAUGAGAAUGGCAACAAGUUCAGGUCGCUUAUCAUGCCCGACUAUCUCAAGAAACCCACUGAUCCGGCGGUGGAGGAUAACGAGGCCACACGCGCCGAGUUCGACAUAUCCCUAAAAUUCCUAACCCAAGUCUACGAGAUCGCCAUCCGACGCACGGGGGACACGAACACAUUACCCUUUGCACACACGAUCCUGGCCUUUUUACUGCACGUGUCCAAGUACCCAGACGCUAUGGGGCGUGUAGCAGAACGUUUCCCGUGGGACCUCACCGCCGACAUGCUCAACUACUGGCUCUUUACGGCCCGGACUAACAAAAGCAACCCGCAGUUUAGUGUAGAUACAUUCCCGGGCUCGAACAGCGAGCAGCCCACGCGACCGUUCCCAGAGGACCAUGCCAUGCGCGGGCUGUGGACCACGGACGACUAUUUCCCGCUCAACUGGUUCCGGAACAGCAAGGUUGAGUUUGAGGAGCGCUACUUUGAGCGUCGGUCCCUCGUCGACCUGCGCGUGGAACGCAUCCUGUGGAUUGCGACGCAGCUGAGCAAGGCGGGCGAUUGGUUGGUGUUUGAUGCCUCUUUGGAGAAAUUCGGCGCGGCAGGGCGGUUUGUCAUGGAUGUCAGUGGGUCGUCAGGGGCCUAG